UUCCGGGGGACUCCAGGAAAAUAAAUUGGCGGGUGUCGUUCGAAUCGCUGCGUUUCCGGACAGUUGACUUAGUUUAUCUAACUUUAAUAAACGUGUAAUUGAACGUCAACACAACUCUGCCGGCUCUUAUAACACGUGUUGACUUUACAACGCUUUGUUAAAUGUGCGCUGAAAAGCUCUGAGGCUAACUCCGCUCACAGCCAAACUUGUGUGGCUAGCGGCAAAGCUAGCCGGCUAGCUGUGCGUUAUUAGCCAUGUCGGCUCUCUGCUAAGUCACCACCGGACAAUCACGUCGCUCCUUCCUCCAUCUGUCAACAAUGGCGAACCCGGUGUCGCUGCAGAAGAAGAACGGGAGACAUCUGUGGUUCAAUCUCCUCGGUCUCGGUUUCCAACCGGACGCUGCGACGUCGUCCAUCGCCAAACCGAACAUCAAUGCUAAACACAUCAACCUGGGGCCGAGCAUGUUUGACAAACCAAACAAAGAUGCUUCCUACAUAGUAAUCCAUUUCCUGUUGGUCAAACUGAACCCCACACGAUUUCUCGACACAUACAGGCAUUGCUGGCCUGUUCUGAACCACAAGGCAGACGCUGAGUUCCGCAAAGUAACCUGCGCCUGGCUGCGAGAAAUCAUGGAUGAAACUGCAAAUGCAGGAUCCAAAGUUGUGGCAUCCUUGUUCCUUUCCCCUGGAGGCCCAAAGUUUAUCGGCUUGAUGCUUCAGUUGUCGAACCAUGUCAUGCUGCAGGAAAUGAAGACUUUCACCACAGAAGACAGCUGGGUCCCUGAGGCGGCAGCGAUGCCCGCUUCCUCCCUGCACAUGGCAGAGAAGAGACUCAACCUGACCAGUAAAAGGUUUUUGAAAACAGCAGUGGAUCAAGAUCAUUUUCUCCAGGAGUAUCAGCGACGAGCACAGCUUCUGGUGAAGUCUAUGAGGGAUCUUAGAGAAGAGGGUGCCAAGUAUGGAGACUUGCUCAAACGUUACAGCAGCGAUUCUGCACAAGAGGGAGCUUCUCUCGCUGAGAAGACCAACAAGGUGCGCUCCUUGUGGGCAGACAUUGAUCGAAUGCUGUCCACUACCAAAGAGGAGCAGAAUGCAGUGGCGAGUGUUUUGAAGGGAGACGUUGAUCAAAACAUCCUGGAUGGGACGGAUCGAGAGCUCAAAAUUCCCCGUUGUCUGUUGGAGAGAAUCGAACGACUACCACAUCAGUUGAGUUCAGGGAACGUCUAUGAGGCCGGCCAGCUGAACCUCCUGUGUGUGUUGGAGCUGAUGACCCACGCGCUGCAGAUCCUCAAGGACGAGCGUUCUCAAGUUUCUCACGCCCCAAAGUUUCAGCUCAGUCCUCAGAACCUGCAGGAGAAGUGUCAGCAGAUGGCCCGUGUGCUGCAGGACCUCCACCUCAUCAGGCAGAACAUUUCUAAGGAGGAAAUCCCUGAGGUCAGGAGUACCAUCAGAGACUUGGAGGCUGAGUGGGACAGGAAGUGGAUGGACACUCUGAAUGAAACGCCACUAGUCUCUUUUCUGAAUGAAGAUCCUGCUCUCGGUUUCCUCUCACCAAUGGCGCCGUUGUCAUUUAAGCCGAUGACUGAGGCUAGUUACAGAAGUAGUGUCUUUUCCCAGUAUCCUGCUAAACUUCUUGAGAAGAAGCCUGCCGAGAGUAAAUCACAUGAGGCCGCCACCCCAACUUAUUCAAACCUGAAAAGCUCUUACUCUGCAUUAGCUGAGAGGACUGAUAGUCCCGUUGGCUCCACUGAAGCUUCAUCACGAGCGAACACCUCUCUCGACUGGCUUUUUGACACAUCCCCUCCUCUCAGCGCUCCAGCUGUAUCACCACCUCAGACCGGUGUGAGGAAGACGACUACAGUUCAUGAGAGGGUGGCUCCCGUGAGGACGAAGACUCAGAUAUUGGACAUGGAGUGUGAUAACCUCGCUGAUCAGUUUGCAGAUGCUGUCACUACUGCAAGUCCUUCAGAAGUCAGAGUCAAAGGUCUGGACUUGGAGGGUCUCCUCACCACUCUUCAGGGAGAUCCCUUCUCUACUAGAAAACAACUGCCACGCACCCCUGAAAGCUUGAUCAUGGAUGUGAAAAGCUCAUGGCGGAAGGCAGUGGAAGAGGACCGAGCAGAGAAGCUCCGACGCUCAGCUAAGUUCAAUGACAGCGUCACGGAGCGGCUCGCUUCCUUCCAGGAGCCUCCCGAUGUCUCGACGAGCUCCGACUCCCAGAGCCUCUCCCGCAGCACUAGCCCUCCUGUUGUGAGCCACAGCAGCCCCCCUGUCUGCCAGCAGGGGGCCUCAUUCAAAACCACUCUGUUGUGGGACACCCUCGACAGCCCGAGCGGCACCGGCAGCAGCGCGGUGCAGUUCACCCUUGACCAAGAAACGCUUCCCGAAAUGUCGAGCUGCGACAGUUUGCUGAGCCUGGACGAUGACGGGGUCGACAUGAAGGGCAAAGAUGACGACAACUUCCUCGUCCCCUCCUUAAAGACCGACGCCAAGCUGUCGCCGCAAACUACGACUCCUCGGGGUCAGACCCAGCAGGCGUGCGAGGGCGGCUCCUUUAUCAAAAGUAGAACGAAGACACCGGAGUGUCUCCUCUCAGGAGACACGGUGUCUGGCGCGGACAGAGACUGGUUAACUGGACAGCCGGUGGAAGCCUCGGACAAGGUGUUCUCACUGGACCUGGACACACUGAAGACGCCCUCGCCUCCAAAGAAACAAGAGUUCAGCCUCCCCCAACUGAUCACGUUCUCUCCCAUAGAUGACAUGAAGUGUUAACAGUCAUACAGACACACGCCUCAGCUUAUUGUCUUAAACUGCCUGACUUGGCUUCUAAUAGGAAACCUGAAAUGUAAAACUACCACUAGUUGCCUGUGCUGGAGUUUAUUGGUUUUAAUUUAAAAUAAUAAGACAAUGAACUGCCUUAAUAAAACUGUAGAGAUGUGUUUCCUGUUUUGUUAACUUGAAGUAGAUUCUAAGAGUUAGUUGCUAAUCUAUGUGCUCGUCAUUAACAUGUAGGAAAACAGUGCACCUUUCUUUUCGACCAUGUAAUGAG